CGCCCGUCCACCCGCCAUCCAAACGCUAUAGCAAAUGUAACAAAUCCAAUGAUUUCAACAAUUUUUGAAGCUAUUUUUAUUGCUAUCUUGAAAAUGAGUGCAUUAUCCAAGCAGGAGCGAAUGAAUUUAGCAAUUGAGGCAUUUAAUAAGGGCCAAUUUUCAUCGAAAAAUGCCUGUGCAAAGGCCUUUUGACAUUCCACCAACUACCUUCAAAGACCGUUUAAAUGGCACCACUGAUCGCAAAGAAAGACUCGCCAAUCUACGAAAGCUUUCUGCAUGAUUGAAGCCAUCCCAACAUGUCUUUAUCAGUGAGAGAUGGGUAUCCCGAUUUGUUUGGCGCCAUGAUGAAAUUCGUUCUAAAUACACCUCUCAAUAUGAUUAUCAACGUGCCAAAUGUGAAGAUCCCCAGGUCAUUCUUAAAUGGUUUGAGCUGGUUCGAAAUACUAUACAGAAAUAUGGUAUUCUAGAACAAGAUAUCUACAACAUGGAUGAAACAGGCUUUCAAAUGGGUGUUGCAACUACUUCAAAGGUUAUCUGUGGAUCAGACACGAGGCUCUCGUGCAAAGUCUCUACAACCUGGGAAUAGAGAAUGGGUGACAGCAAUCAUUACAAUUAAUGGUGCUGGUACUGUUUUACCUCCACAGAUUAUAUUCGCAGGCAAAAAGCACCAAUCUCAGUGGUAUAUCGAUAUUCCAAAGGAUUAUCGUAUUAGCACCUCUGAGAAUGGCUGGACAAAUGGUGAUCUAGGGUUCGAAUGGCUUCAAGAAAUAUUUGAGAGAUACACAGCCUCUCAAGCUGCAGGUCCAUAUCGUCUCUUGAUUCUUGACGGCCAUAGCAGUCAUGCAACUGCUCAAUUUGAUCAAUUCUGUACAGCCAGAAAGAUUAUUCCUCUUUAUAUGCCUCCUCAUUCUUCUCAUCUUCUUCAACCUCCUGAUGUGAGCUGCUUUGGUCCUUUAAAGAAGCUUUAUGGCCAAAAAAUCCGUGAAGCUAUUCAAAACGGCAUAUAUACAAUUGAUAAGAGACUUCUUAUCUCUUUAUACGAGCAUCCACCAACAAGCCUUCUCAACAUCAAAUAUAUCCAGUGGAUUUGCUGCGAUUGGUCUUAUUCCAACCAAGCCAGAGAGAGUGCUUCAAAAGCUUCAAUUAAGCUAAAGACACCAACCCCACCCUCCUCAUUGAAUAGUAACCAGUCAUUUUAUCUCGGACAAUCACCAGCCAACCUUUAUCAGCUAAAUAAACAAAAGAGACAGCUUCAAAGCCAGGAUUUAUCGUCAUUAAUUGCAGGAGAGGUGCUUGAAAAGUUUAUAAAACGCACAGAAGUUGCUAUGCAGAAUGCUGUCCUGCUUCAGCAAGAAGUUCAUCAACUUCGUGCCUCAGAGAAACGUCAAAAGGAGAAGAAAAAAGCCUCACGAUAUACAGAGAGAGGAGUUAGAAGCUGCAUCCAUACCUUUACCAGCAAAGCAAAAGCGAUCGCCACGUUGCAGUAAUUGCGGGAAAAAAGGCCAUAAUAGAUUGAAGUGCCCUGUAAUUAGUACAUCUUAAAUUCAAUAAUAAAUUGCUUUUGCAUGGUGA